AUUUACCUUAACCCCGAAUAGAUAAUCAUGGCUGCUCCAGGAUCCAUCCCGGCGAUAACCUUUGAUGUCCUGGAAACUUCGACAGACUCCGAAGCCGAUGCCUCAAACCCAGCGCUCGAUGAGACCUCCCGGGAGAGGUCCCUUAGCAAUUUAACCGCGGUCGGAAGCGACUACACCGGCCGCGACCGAGCCAUGAGCGGCAGCACAAUGACCCCCAGCAGCUCCAGCCUGGGUGUGCCCAAAGGCAAAGACCGACCCUCUUCGAGCCCCGCCAGUGUCUUUUCCUCCGACGAGCGAGAAGAGGCGCUCCGGCCGGACCCCGGAACCGAGGCCGACUUUGUCGUCGAAAACAACCCGUUUGCAUAUUCGCCAGGGCAACUAAAUAAAUUAUUGAAUCCGAAGUCGCUGGCCGCCUUCGCCGCUCUGGGAGGGUUGUCGGGGCUGGUGAGCGGGCUACACACGGAUCUGAGCGCGGGCCUCAGCACAAACGAAACAACGAUAGGGGAUGGGAAGAGUGGAGGAGGUGAGCCCUUCGCCGACCGGAUACGCGUUUUCAAACCCAAUGUGCUCCCGGAGAAGAAGGCAACGCCGCUGUGGAAGUUGAUGUGGCUUGCGUACAACGACAAGGUCUUGAUUUUGCUCACUGCAGCGGCUGCGAUCUCGCUGGCUUUGGGGUUGUACGAGACGUUCGGAGUGGAUCAUCCUCCGGGCUCUGGAAUGCCGCUCGACUGGGUAGAAGGGUGCGCGAUCUGCGUUGCUAUAGUUAUCGUGGUCCUAGUAGGGUCGCUGAACGACUUUCAGAAGGAACGGGCUUUUGUCCGAUUAAACAAGAAAAAGGAGGACCGCGAGGUGACGGUGAUACGGUCUGGAAAGUCAGUAAGGAUAUCCGUGCAUGAUGUAUUAGUUGGCGAUGUUCUGCAUCUGGAGCCUGGAGACCUCGUCCCUGUUGAUGGAAUCUACAUCGAUGGGCAUAAUGUCAAAUGCGAUGAGUCCUCAGCUACCGGUGAAUCCGACCAGCUGAAGAAGACUGGCGCGGAGCAGGUCCUCCGCCUGCUCGAGCAGGGACAUACCAAGCCGCAGGAUCUGGAUCCUUUUAUUAUCUCCGGCAGCAAGGUCCUCGAAGGGUUCGGAACAUGUCUGGUCACGUCCGUCGGUGUCAACUCGAGCUACGGCAAGAUCCUCAUGGCCAUGCGUCAGGAUAUGGAGCCCACGCCGCUGCAGAAGAAGCUCGAUCGUCUUGCGAGUGCCAUUGCAAAGCUCGGUGCGAGUUCCGCUAUCUUUCUGUUUUUGAUUCUGCUCUUCCGCUUCCUGGGAGGUCUCUCGUCGAACGAUCGUACUGGUACGGAAAAGGCUUCCCAGGUUACGGAUAUUCUCAUCGUUGCCAUCACCGUCAUUGUCGUUGCGGUUCCAGAAGGGUUGCCGCUUGCAGUCACUCUCGCCCUGGCAUUCGCGACCACGCGCAUGGUGAAGCUCAAUAACCUCGUGCGAGUUUUGAAAUCUUGCGAGACAAUGGGUAACGCCACGACUGUGUGCUCGGACAAGACUGGUACCUUAACGCAGAACAAGAUGACAGUUGUAACUGGAACAUUUGGCGAUGACGAGUUCGACGAUAAGAACCAGACAGGCAAGGAACGCCGCUCCGUCGCUUUCGCGAGUGGCCUCUCGGCAGAGCACAAGCGGAUGAUCAUUGAGUCUGUUGCAAUCAACUCGACCGCGUUCGAAGGCGAGGAGAAUGGUGUGCCUGGAUUCAUUGGUUCCAAGACGGAGACUGCACUGCUAGGAUUUGCUCGAGAUGCUCUUGGAAUGGGAUCCCUUCCAGAGGAGCGCGCCAACGCGACAAUCAUCCAGCUGAUGCCGUUUGAUUCCGGCCGCAAGUGCAUGGGAGCCGUCAUCAAACUCCCCAAGGGGGGUUAUCGGUUCCUCGUCAAGGGUGCUUCUGAGAUUCUCCUCGGGUACAGCUCGUCUGUUUGGCGACCUUCCGGAAACAUCGACAUGGUCUCGGAAGAGCGCGAGAGACUUGAACAGGUGAUCCUGGACUACGCGAAGCAGUCUCUCCGUACCAUUUCCCUCGUUUCUCGCGAAUUCGCCGAGUGGCCGCCACAGCACGCAAUCAGCCCCGACGACUCCUCUGAAGCCGAUCUUGGUCUUCUUCUGAGUGACAUGGUCUUCCUCGGCGUCGUCGGUAUCCAAGAUCCCAUCCGUCCUGGUGUUCCGGAGGCCGUUGCCAAGUGCCACCACGCUGGUGUGACGGUGCGCAUGGUUACCGGUGACAACAUGGUAACUGCCAAAGCCAUCGCUACCGACUGCGGAAUCUACACGGGAGGAAUUGUCAUGGAGGGUCCGAAAUUCCGAACCUUGUCUGAUGCUGAAUUCGAUGAAGUCCUGCCUAACCUGCAGGUUCUGGCGCGUUCUUCUCCCGAAGACAAGCGAAUUCUUGUUACUAGGCUUAGAGAGAUGGGUGAGAUUGUUGCUGUGACUGGAGACGGUACAAAUGAUGGUCCUGCCCUUAAGGCUGCCAACAUUGGGUUUUCCAUGGGUAUCGCCGGAACAGAAGUAGCGAAAGAAGCCUCGGCCAUUAUCCUGAUGGACGACAACUUCUCGAGUAUCCUUACUGCCCUGAUGUGGGGUCGUGCUGUCAAUGAUGCGGUCCGAAAAUUCCUCCAGUUCCAGAUCACGGUCAACAUCACCGCUGUGCUCUUGACCUUCAUCUCGUCCGUGGCUGAUUCCGAGAUGCGCUCUGUCCUAACAGCUGUGCAGCUCCUCUGGAUCAACCUCAUCAUGGACUCGCUCGCAGCCCUGGCUCUCGCCACCGACCCACCAACAGAAGAAAUCCUCGACCGCAAGCCCAUCAAGGGCGGCGCCCCGCUCAUCUCAACCAUCAUGUGGAAAAUGAUCAUCGGCCAAUCCAUCUUCCAGCUUAUCGUCACGCUUAUCCUACACUUCGGUCCUACCGAAGGUUUCCUCGACUACCCCGACGACGUGCGCCGCUCCAUCGUCUUCAACACCUUCGUGUGGAUGCAGAUCUUCAACGAGUUCAACAACCGGCGCCUCGACAACAAGUUCAACAUCUUCGUCGGCCUGCACCGCAACUGGUUCUUCAUCGGGAUCAACAUCAUCAUGGUUGGGUGCCAGAUCAUCAUUGCCUUCUUUGGCGGGUCGGCGUUUAGUAUUGUCCGCAUCCAUGAUGAGCAGUGGGCGAUUGUCAUCCUUGUUGCGGCGAUUUCGUUGCCCUGGGCUAUUGUUGUCCGCCUCUUUCCAGAUGCGUGGUUUGCGGCUAUUGCCAAGUUCGUGGGGACGCCUGUUGUGCUUGUUUAUCGGCCCUGCAGUCGGGGGAUGCAUCGACUGGGACGGAAGUUGCGCAGCCUGCGCAAGAAGAAGGAGGAACAAGACGAGAAAGAAGAAAACAGCGAUCGCGACUCGGAAGACGAACCCAAGACUCCCGCAUCUGAGCGUCCUGCAAACCCCUUCAACCCCGACACCGAGAAGCAACGAAACGGAGACAGCAAUGUUUAACCUACGACAUAUGUAUAGAUUGGUACUGGUAGAUUUGUUUUUAAUAUCUGGGCGGUGAUCUCAUGUUUUGGUCUUGUUUUUCGGAUCUGGCGCACUCACUGUUCAUUCCACCGCAUUGGGCCAGGCUGUAUAUACCCACUCUCUCACUGUCACUCCUUUUCUCUCCGAUGCAUCAUACGUUACGCAUCAGUACAUAGGAAAUCAAUCAUAUAUGAUUAUUUAAAUGUGAUGUUCUCUAUCGUAGAUGCUGUCAGUUGUUGCACCGG